AUGGACAUCAGAGGAGCUUCACAACCAUAUACCCGUGACGGCUCUCAAUCUCUUCAUGGACUUCUUUCCCUGCAAAAGUUACUUCUCCGUGAUAUUUUUAAUGAAGAAAAUCCAAACAUAAAUGAUGUUGAUAGAUGUAUUAAUGUUAUCCGGAAUAGGAUUCGGUCCAAGAGAGUUCUUAUGAUAUUGGAUGAUGCUGAUCAUGAGAAACAACUCGAGAAAUUGGUUGGUAAACGGGAAUGGUACUGUCCUGGAAGUAGGAUUGUCGUCACCACCAGAAAUGAACAUGUAUUGAAUGUGUAUAAGAUAGACAAGAAGAGCUUAAAGUAUUGGAUCACACUCAAUCCCGUAAACUUUUCAGUAGGUAUGCAUUUGGGAUGGAUGAACCAGUAA